AUGGCUUCAAGGUGCCAGAGCCGCCAGACAAGGAAUGGAAGAUCCAACGAUGUCAGCAGGCUCUUCAACCAACAAUGUCGCAGACGCAUCAGAAACUGGCAAGACAUCUCUAGAUGUGAACUGGGUCGAGCCACUUGCCAGUCGAGUAAGAAGGGUCCUGGAACCGCCACGCCCGACCACACCCUGUCCAUGCACCACACGCCGUCCGCCACGGCCGCCACCACCGCCCAGAGCAACACCUCGACCACGAACCACUCCCAGACCUCCUGCUCCACCAACCACUCGAAGUCCUCCUCCUCCACGACCUCCUCCCACGACCACAACUCGACGGCCACCAAGCCCCACUCGAGCUCCCGUGACUCCCAGGCCCAGACCACCUGGCCCAGGGCACAAGAAGCCCUUUAG